UCUCUCGGUCUAAUCUCUCUGUCCCUAAAUUUCACAUUCAUAAUUUACAUUAUUGUCAUUUCUUAUUUACCUCCUCCGUUUCUCUUUGACAGAGAAAAAAGCUCCAUUUGUUUCUCUCUGCAAAUCCGCUCUCUCUAUCUCACUCUCUCUCUGUCGCAUAAGAUGAUCUGCAUGGUUUUCUAUAUGAAUCUUUGAGCUCUCAUUUUCUCAGCUUUAAAUCUGUCCGAAAUGGGGGCUUUAGCCGAAGAUCUAUCGGAUUCCGCUCAGCAUCCCGACCUUGAUGCGUCCGCCACCACCAACAACGACAUGCGAGUCUACUUCGUUCCUUACAGGUGGUGGAAAGAUGCACAGAAGUCGAGUGAUUGUGAUGGGAACAAAGGAGUUCUUUACACAGCGACACAGGGAUCAUCUUAUGGGGGUCCCAUGAAGAUCAUUAACAAUAUAUUCAACUCGGAUCUCCUGUUCAAUUUAAGAAGAGAAGAGGAUUCUGCACAGAAUCGUGAGAAUGGCGAAGUAGGAGUCUCUGGGCGGGACUUUGCGUUGGUUCCUGGAGAUAUGUGGUUACAGGCGCUAAAGUGGCAUAGUGAUGUUAAAGCUGCAAUACAGGGUGGAAAAUGUUUUUCAGUUGGAGAAGAUGACAUGGGUGACAUCUAUCCAUUACAACUCAGGCUUUCUAUCUUCCACGAAACAAAUUCAUUGGGAGUCAAAAUUAGCAAAAAGGACAAUGCGGUUGAGCUAUUUAAAAGAGCCUGCAAGAUUUUCAGUGUCGAGUCAGAUAUGUUGCGCAUAUGGGAUUUUUCUGGGCAGACAACCCUAUUUUUCUUGAAUGGGAAAAACAAGAUCCCAAAAGACUGCCAGCGGCAAUCAGAUCAGGAGAUUUUUCUUGAGUUGCAAGUUUAUGGGUUAUCAGAUUCCCUGAAGUGCAGAGAAGGGAAGAAGGAUGAUAUGACACAAUCUGUUGGGACAAAAUUUUCUGGUGCUAGUUCAUUCAAUGGGAGUUUGAACCCCAAUUUUUUUCGUACGAAUUCUUCAUCAUUCUCUGGAAGAUUUGGUGAAGCUGGUUCACUGGGAUUAACGGGAUUACAAAACCUUGGAAAUACUUGCUUCAUGAACAGUGCCAUCCAGUGCUUGGCACACACACCAAAGCUUGUAGAUUAUUUUCUUGGAGAUUAUGCUAGGGAAAUAAAUCAUGAAAACCUGUUGGGCAUGAAUGGUGAGAUUGCUUUAGCAUUUGGGGAUUUGUUGAGGAAGUUAUGGGCCCCUGGAGCAACUCCAGUGGCACCAAGAACAUUCAAGUCAAAACUUGCUCGAUUUGCUCCUCAAUUUAGUGGCUUUAACCAGCAUGAUUCGCAGGAGGUUCUUUCUUUUUUAUUGGACGGACUCCAUGAGGAUCUGAACCGUGUAAAACACAAGCCUUAUGUAGAAGCCAAGGAUGGAGACAGUCGGCCAGUUGAAGAAGUAGCAGAUGAUUAUUGGCGGUAUCAUCUGGCCCGUAAUGACUCUAUAAUUGUUGAUGUUUGUCAAGGGCAAUAUAAAUCAACACUGGUUUGUCCUGUCUGUAAAAAGGUUUCGGUUACAUUUGAUCCAUUCAUGUACCUAUCACUACCUCUACCUUCAACAACGAUGCGUACAAUGACUUUAACUCUAAUGAGUACCAAUGGAAAUGCUAAGCCUUCUCAGUAUACGAUUAAUGUGCCCAAAAAUGGAAAAUGUGAAGAUCUUAUCCAAGCAUUAAGCCUCGCAUGUUCUUUAGGGGUUGAUGAGACCCUUUUGGUGGCAGAGGUAUACAACAAUCGUAUUAUACGCUAUCUAGAGGAGCCAGCUGAUUCUUUAUCGUUAAUUAGAGAUGAUGACCGACUGGUUGCAUAUCGGCUGGCAAAAGGUCUUGACGAAGUACCUUUGGUGAUUUUUAUGCAUGAGCAAAUGGAGGAACGGUAUAUCCAUGAUAAACUGACUUCAAGUUGGAUGGCAUUUGGAAUCCCUCUUAUGGGAAAAUUUCAUGAAAUUGUUAAUGGACCUGACAUCUGCAAUCUGUAUCUCAAACUCCUUACUCCAUUUCGAAAACCUGCUGAAGAUGUUACCAAUUAUGAUAAUAGUUUUGAGAGAAAUUCAAUUGGAGAAGUUGCAGGAAUGGAGGAGAACUUGAGUUCUAGUUUAGAUGGGAAUUCAAACCACUCUAAUACUGAACAGUCUGAACGGACUGACUCAACCUCAGAUGGUGAACUGCAGUUUUAUUUAGCAGAUGAGAAGGCAACAGUUAAGGAAUCCAAGAUAGAAAUGAAUGAGCCACUAAAGAUGUCAGGAGUGCCCAGGCGGUUGAAUGUGCUUGUAUGUUGGCCAGUAAAGCAUAGUGAACAAUAUGAUACACGUCUUCUAAGCUCAUUGCCUGAGAUUUUCAAGUCUGGGAUUUUUGCAAAGAGACCCCAGGAGUCGAUUUCUCUGUACAAGUGCCUUGAAGCAUUUUUGAAGGAAGAGCCUCUUGGACCUGAAGACAUGUGGUACUGCCCAAGUUGCAAAAAACACCAACAAGCCAGUAAAAAAUUAGAUCUCUGGAGAUUGCCAGAGAUUCUGGUUAUUCAUUUAAAAAGGUUCUCAUACAGUAGGUUCAUGAAAAACAAGCUGGAGGCGUACGUUGACUUCCCUGUUGAUGAUCUUGAUUUGUCAACCUACAUUUCGUACAAAAAUGGCCAGCUAUCUCAUCGUUACAUGCUUUAUGCUAUCAGCAAUCACUAUGGAAGCAUGGGAGGUGGUCAUUACACUGCAUUUGUCCAUCACGGGGGUGAUCGGUGGUAUGACUUUGAUGAUAGCCAUGUUCACCCAAUCAGCCAGGACAAGAUAAAGACUUCAGCUGCCUAUGUUCUUUUCUAUAGAAGAGUUGUGGAUGUGUAAGUGUCGAGUAGAGCUUUUAAUCCCUUCGAUCCGUCAGAAUUUGGCCGUUGAUGUAUCCAUAUCAUUUUUGUAGUAUUAGUCCCCAUCUUGUAUUGCAAGGUUAGCAUUCUUUUAAUCUUACCUUUGUUAGGUGUUUAAGCAUGGAAAAAAAUGAAUCAAACAACUGAAUCCUAUUCAAAGUUGGAUUCUUUCAAGCAUUUCCUAACUACUUAGGUUCCCAUGAAAGUGUGAUACUAGCCCAUUCUUGUAUACCUGAUGAUUGGACAGAAAUAUUUGAUUCUUUGAUGAGCAGUCACAAUUUCUUA